AUGCAACUGCACAAAUGGCAUAGUAAUUGUGAAGACUUAGUAUCAAGUAGUGAAGAAACCUAUAAUUUUACACAUUCCGAGGAAACACAAGUUUUAGGAGUUUCUUGGAAUACCAAAAAGGACAGCCUUUACUUUAAAGUCGAUUUCAAGCCGCCUCAAGGGAAAGACUGUCGAGUCACAAAACGCUGCGUUUUAUCUACUAUAGCAAGACUAUUCGAUCCUCUUGGAUUACUAGGACCUGUAGUGACGAAGGCAAAAAUAUUUUUACAGCAAUUAUGGUCUUUAAAGCUGGAUUGGCAUCAGGUACUGCCUGAGAAACAAACUAAAGAGUGGUCAAAUUUCGUUGAAUCAUUACAAAGUGUUAGUAGCAUGAAAUUUGAAAGAUGUAUACUUACUGAGGGAGCUGAAGUGAUAGAAAUCCAUGGGUUCGCUGACGCAUCAGAAGCCGCUUAUGGUGCAGUUAUCUACUGUAAGUGUAUUAAAGAUGGUCACGCAUCAAUUAAAUUGAUUGCCAGUAAAUCGAGAGUGUCUCCGUUAAAAAGAGUUACCAUCCCAAGAUUGGAACUUUGCGCUUCAGUGCUUCUAGCCAAGUUAGUGAAAAAGGUGAUACAUGCUCUCAAAUUACCAAUAUCCCGCACCUAUCUAUGGAGUGACAGCAUGAUUGUUCUUUCAUGGAUUCGCAAAGAACCAUUUCUUCUUAAGACCUUUGUUGCCAAUCGGGUAACCCAAAUUCAAGACCUCACUUACAUUGAAGAUUGGAGAUAUGUCCCUUCUAAUGAGAAUCCUGCUGACCUCAUCUCCAGAGGACUCGAUCCUGAUAAACUUCAUCAUUGCAAACUGUGGUUUAAAGGACCAUCAUUUUUGCGUAGCAGUGAAUACCCAAAUAGAGACAUCUUAACCAGAGUUAUUACAGAUGACUUUUCUAAAGAGUUUAAACCAUCUAGUGACUCUAAUUGCUUUAUAAGUGAUAACAAUAAUUUUCUUCAUAAUGUUCUAAAAAUUAGUAAUAGUUAUAGUAAACUUAUUCGUAUUGUGAGUUAUGUUCAUAGGUUCAUCAAAAAUUGUAGAAGGAAAAAUGACAGAUCAAGAGGUUAUUUAUCCCCUGAUGAGCUCAGACAAGCCGAGUUUUCAUUGGUAAGUUUAGCUCAACAAAGUGAGUUUGCCAAAGAGAUGAAGGAUUUAAGAUUUGCAGGUGAAGUCUCAAGGCAAAGUCAGGUAAAAAAUUUACGUCCCUUUAUUGAUAAAGCAGGUAUUUUAAGAGUUGGUGGACGAUUGUCCAACAGUAAUUUGAGUUUUGAUAAAAAGUUUCCGAUAUUGUUACCAGGUAAUCAUCGGUUAACGAGAUUAAUAAUUACUAGUUAUCACAUUAAACAUUUGCAUAUAGGACCACAAACAUUAUUGUUUACUAUAAGGCAAAGAUUUUGGCCGAUUAAUGGCAGAGCAGAGUGUAGAAAGAUAGUCCACGAAUGUGUAACUUGUUUUAAAGCUAAACCAGUAACGUGUGACCUACCUAAAGAGCGUGUGAGUCAAAAUUUUCCAUUUGUGAUUUCAGGAGUUGACUUUUGUGGGCCAUUCACAAUUAAAUAUAAACACCAGCGUAAAGGCACAUAUCAAAAAAUUUAUGUGGCGAUAUUUGUGUAUUUCGUCACAAAAGCUGUGCAUUUGGAGCCUGUAACAGAGUUAAGUUCUCAAGCAUUUAUAGCUACCCUUAAAAGGUUUUUUUCGCGUAGAGGGAAAUGCAGUAUUUUAUACUCGGAUAACGGGACAAACUUUAAAGGGAGUAAUACUGAGUUACAACGAUUGUUUAAAAUGGUCAACAAUCCUGAUGAGAGUUUAAGCGGUUACAUGAGUAAUGAAAAUGGAAAUAGGAAAUUUUUGCCUCCUAGAGCCCCUAACUUUGGAGGACUUUGGGAAGCUGGGGUGAGAUCCUUCAAGUUUCAUCUGAAAAGAGUAGUGGGUGGUCAGAAAUUAACUUAUGAGAGCUUUUUAACAAUAAUUAAUCAAAUUGAAUCUAUUUUGAAUUCUCGACCACUUACUCCUUUAUCUUCGGAUGUCGAUGAUUUGAGCGCUCUCACACCAGGCCAUUUCCUGAUCGGAAGACCGUUUACAGCAAUUGUAGAGCCAAAUUUGAUAAAUAAAUUAGAAAAUAGACUGGGUUUAUGGCAAAAAACCACAAAGUUUGUGCAACUAAUAUGGAAAAAAUGGCAUAAUGACUAUCUUACAACCUUGCAUCAAAGAUCAAAAUGGUACUUUGAUAAACAAAAUUUAAAGGUAGGAGACAUGGUUGUAAUAAAAGAAGAUAACAUGGCUGUGUGCAAUUGGAUAAUAGGUAGAACUGUGGCGGUCUUUCCGGGAAAGGAUGGCAAGAUUCGUGUUUCUAAUAUUAAAACAAAUAAAGGAGUUUUCAAACGUCCAAUUUCCAAACUUUGUAUAUUGCCUAUUGAAUCUUAA